AUUGCGACUUGUGUGCGGCGUAUGGCGAUAUUCGAGCACGCAGUUGUUUGAUCGUCAACGAUGUUGCAUAGUGGAUCGUGAUAUAGUUGGAAAACACGUUAACAGAUCGACGGAAGAUAAUACGGGAGCAACGUAUUGCAGGACUAGGUUGCUUGCAGUACUGAAUCAAAAUGGAAUCAAUGGAUGCGCGUCUUGUGGCGCAAGCAUUGAACUACCAUGGCCAACAGUUGCAGAAAGUUUGGGAGGGAGAACGUAACGAGAAUGAGCUGGCCAUGCUCAAUCUCAAGGAACCAAAUUUUGAGAUUUAUCAACAGCGACAAAAGACUCUUAGUUUUGGCGAUAGAGGGAAAAGGCUAAAGCUACAACAAUUCGUUGCAAAGAAAGCAGAUGCUCUCUAUGAUAAGUCAAAUUUGGAGAGAACAGUUGAUCCCAUCAAGCAAGAAUUAGGAGAUGAAGAAUUUUAUGCAACAAUGCCAGGCCUUGACACAUUUGUUACCAUGGAAAAAUCUCAACGCAUUCGUAAUUUUUUGGAGAGUUUGGUCAUUGGAGAUGUUAUUUACUCACAAGUGAUGGGUAAAAGUGCUGCUGGGCUUCUUCUGAAGGUGCUUUGCAACUGCAGCGACUGCCCCAGAGUUGUCACCGAUUUAGGAGUUAAGGCUCUGAUAUUGAACACGGCCACAGUGCCGGCGGUGGACAAGAAAGGUGUUACAAGAGGCUACAUGGCAAAUGAUCUCAUCUGCGUCGUAGUCAGUGAAGUUAACGUUGAAGCCGAGCGAGUUGUUGCAGUUAUGAACGUACCUGCCCGUGAAGGGCAAGCCCCACACCCACCUAUGGGACUUAUCCAUUCGGAUGACCUUCCGGAAGCUUAUAAGAAAGCGAUGGAGAACAAAGGACAGGCGUACGAAGUGAUGUUGGAGAAUAGUACUGGCUUCAACAACCCAAACAACAUUAAAUAUCUUUCCGACUUGAUGGGUCUUGGUCAAGAAAACCACUCUAACAUGGUUGGUUUGAGAGAGAGAUUCCCACCUAAUGAAUAUGCGUCUGAAUUAAGGCAGGCGCAGGCUAGUAAGUGGGCGUUUCGAAGCGUAGCUGAAGGUAUAGAUCAUUUCAAGGCCGGUCGUCAUACGGAAGCCUUCCAGUGUCUCAACAAAGCACUAACAGUAGAUCCGCGAAAUGUUGAGGGAUUAGUGGCCCGUGGAGCAUUGUAUGCCAACAGCGGCAGUUUCAAGAAAGCGAUCGAAGAUUUCGAGACUGCAUUGAAGCUGAAUCAAACUCACGCAAAUGCCCGCAAAUACAUGGCUGAAACUCUCGUUGCUCUGGGUCGAAGUUUCGAAGACGAGAAGAAGUACGAGGAUGCACAAAAAGCGUACGAGAACUGCUUGGCAAUAGCUCCGUAUCACGAAGAAGCUAGGAACUCCAUCGAAUACAUCAAGUCCAAGACCUUAACGUCCUCUUUGAAUCCUUUAGACACGUUUAAGAGUUUCGAGACCGAAAACGAUGUCGGUGAAAAUAAAAAGGAGAAGAAAAAGCGUAAGAAGGAGAGGAAGUCGCGGUCCAAGAAGAGACAAAGAUGGAGUUCGAGUUCCAGUUCAUCGUCGAGUGGAUCCUCGAGUUCUUCAAGCUCGGAAUCCAGCAGUUCUUCUUCAUCCGGAAGCUCGCGAUCGGCGUCUCGGUCGCCCAGUCGCAAACGGAAACACAAGAAAGAUCAUCGUGGCUCGUUGUCGCCUCUCAGCAAGCGCAUGGCUCAAUACAACAAUCCACCAGCUGCCACGACAGCUGCGCAUGACGUCAUAGCACCAGUGGCCUAUAGCUCGAACGCCCGCGACAAGAUGGAUGACUACGAGAUAAAGGUGCGGAAAUUUUUAGAACAGACCAAGGACGACUCCGACUAUGAAGAUAAGGUAAGAAAGUUCUUGGAGGAAACGGCCAGAUGGAAGAGGGAAAGAGAGAAGGAAAAGAAACAUUCAGAGAGUGAGAAAAUGAAGAAAAAGAAGAAGAAGGAUAAGAAAGGAAAAGACAAAGAGAAGGAAGACAAGAAAAGUCGCAAGAAGAAGAAGAAGGAAGAGCGAAAGAAGCGGAAAAAUAAGGACAAACUUGAACGGGAUUUAGAAGCCCUCAAAAAAUCUUCAUUGCCGGACUUAGAACAGUUGGAGUCGAAACUGAAUGCGUAUUAUGCGAAAGUUGAGAAAGAGACCGCUGUCUUGAAAAGGUAUGUAGCACAGUAUAAUGACAUAGCUUCCCCUCUUAGCAACGCGGAGAAGCUCGCUGAGAGUUCACGAAGGGAGGAGGAGCUGCGCAGGGAGAGGGAACGGGAGAGAGAUGAAGCUUCGAAGGCGUAUCACGAACGGGAAUCUAGAAUACCAAUGACCGCACAACAACGUAAAGAGAUUCAGAGGAAACCGCUGACCGACAUAUUCGAGCAGGAGUCUCAGUUAAUCCAUCCCGAGCCAAAGUUACCAACUCUGGAUACAGCUGCGCUUAAUGCAAAGUGGAAAGCUGCACAGGCCGCCAGGCAAAAAGACAUUAUUCCCCAAAAAUGGCAAGACGUCACCAUGGAAAGUAAAAAGAUGCAACCGAACGUGGACAGCGAAGAAGAUGACGAUAAUGAACUGGAAGAGAAGCUGCAGCGUGCUGCCCUUGAAAAAUCCAUGAACAUUCGAAAACAAAUGCAACGAGAGCUCGCAGAAAAGAGAGCGGCAGCCGCGCAACCAAUGUCUGCACCGACUCCACCGCCGUUACCCAAAGAGCCACCGAUUCCGAAACAGGCGCCGGUUAAAUAUCCUACGCCACAACCACAGAACAAGUUCCAGUCGUACAAAGACCCGUCGUUGUCUGCAGCGCAAGCAGUACCUAGCAAAUUCAGUUCGAGUAACAAUCUCGGUGGUAAAUUCCAGCCGAUUGGGCAAAGUAACAGUGGUGCCGGGCAUCCGCCGGAACCGCCGCGUCCACCUCCACCAACGAAGAGUCAGAAUCAGGCUAAAGGACCCAGAACGGAUUCCGACAGCGAGGCGGAACGGCAGCACAGACAAACGCCCAAGAAACGCGAGUCGUCCGGUAGAGGAGCAGUGACCAAACGAAUGAGCAGGGACCGUCCAGCGAAACGUUCGCGCAGCAGAUCUCGCAGCGCCUCCAGUUCCGGCUCGUCGAGGUCUAGGUCGCCCAGGAGAAGUCGUUCACGAUCUUAUUCGAACAGACGAUCCGGCAGUUACGAGAGAAAGUACAGCCGAUCUCCUUCGGGCACGUACAGUAGAUCACGCUCUAGGUCACGAUCCAGAUCGUACACGAGGAGUCGUAGCCGCAGCAGGUCCGGGGACAGGAGUUACUAUCGCAAGAGGCAAUUCCGACCAUACAACAACCGUGGCACAUACUAUAAGCCUCGUUUCCAGGGCUUCAAUAACCCCAACCACCGCGGCGGUGGUAACAACUUCCAGAAUCGCAAUCGGUUUUAUAAUAAUCAGCACAACAAUCGGUUCGGCAACAGACGCGGCGGUGGCUUCAACAAUCGUGGCGGCGGACGUGGACGCGGUGGUAACCGUGGCGGCAGAUUCUUCCACGGUAAGCAGGGCUUCCGCGACUUCCGAGACAGACGAGACUUCCGCGACCGUCGGGCUGCCUCUCGCGAUCGGUACAGCGAUCGUAGCUAUUCUCCCGAUCCGAUGCGAAAGGUUGACGAAGCGAAAGAGAAGAUCAACAAAAUGCUUGAGGGUGGCGACGACGUGAUGGAGCACCAGCAAAGUGGGGGAGGAUCGAACGUACCUCCUAGCAAGAGGCAAGACGGACCUUUAAGCGAGGGCGAAGAAAGGGAUGACGAUGACUACGAGAGGUGGGGAGAGGGCGAGGGGGGCGACACAGCUAACAAGAAUGAGGAGGUUGGACCUGUUGGCGAUAACCUGGACGGCAAGGAGUACUUCAUUGCGCGCAUGAAGCAGCGAAGCAAGAAUGUUUUAAUGCAGAGAGCCCUUGCCGCUAAGAUUUGGUAGAAAGCCCCGUCGCCGCCUGCUGCUUCUUCGAUUCUUCUCCUUCGUCUGUGAUAUAAUUACACACAUUUUCUCGGCGUUAGACAUCGACCGGAUCACGUGAGGCAUAGACUUCUUAAUAUCGCCAUACUGGAACGAUUUUUCUCGGUACAAUUUAAACGGAAAAAGAGAAUACAAAAUAUCGAGAUUGGGGAUAUAUCGUAAUGAAAUGUGAUGUAAACGGUGGUCGUGACGAUCGAGGGAAACACGAUCUUUUAUUUUGCUUUCUUCUUUUAGCUUCGAUUGGGAACAGUAAUUUGAACGGGUAAUUGUAAAUGCACCGAAUCGUUUCGCUCGAUCGUCGUGACCGCGGACGAAUAUCUACGUACGUGGUAUAUAUUCGUGGUAAAAAAAAUGCGUCUAAUUACGAGUUCCUCGUUCGGAUCGACUGUAGAUGUGUUCGUUUCGCGUGACAACGAGCGCUUUCGAACUCCACUGUAACGUUUUCUUGUUUCUUUCUCGUUAGCGAAAAGAUUUUUACACGUAUUUCAACUCUAGUACUUACUCUCGCAUCAGUGUCGGGUUUUUCUUGUUUUUAAUGGAACAGUCGCGUAAGUAUUAGCACGUUCACAGUCUAGUGUCCCGUUUACGGGUUAUAGCGACACGCUGCACUACCGCGUCCGUCGCUGAGAGGGCGGACAGUGAACGUGUUAAGGUAUAAUACAUGAAAAAAGCGAGGCCUCUGCUGUGUGGCCCAUAUUCGAAGGGAAGUAUUUGGUCGCAGUAAUAUUUUACGUGCACGCGAGUGGCUUUUCAUUAUCAUUCAUUAUCAGAAAAUUAGAGAGCAUCCGUCGUUGUUUGAAUGAGAAACCGUUAUGAGUUAUAGCAUCGGUUGAAAUUGUUUUCUUACGAAUCGAUUUAUGAAUUUUUACCGUUACAUACGUCACGUUGUUAAUUCUCCUUGCGCUUCAAAUGAGGAAAACCUAUACCAUAUUCGAAUCGGGAAUCACCGGCGCAAUCGAAAAGCCUCAUUUAGUAAGGAAAUUAGUAUCUCACUCUCAUGCCGAGACGCCCAAUUUUUUCAAUUCCUCCCAUGCUGCUUUGUUUCGGUACAACCGUUUAUCACGGCCCACUCCUUCUUUAUUACGAAUACUUAUUUUAAGGUAUCAUACAAGUAAUUUACCUAGUAAGACACUUAUAUAUGUUGUAUGUAAACGAGUUACUGUACAAUUUAAAGAUCCGCAAAUACAUAACACGAGAACAGAAAA